UGUGCUACUGAGUAAAAAAAUGACAUAUUAGUCUAUAUAGGAAUUUUAACACCAGUUUAAUAUUGCCUAGAGACGGAGAUAUUUUGACAGCAGUUGAAAAUAUGGAUCGUAAAAUAAUCUUGGUGGCCUUGGCGAUUUACCUGGUAGCGUGCGCGGCGCUGUCGGUGCAUCACGAAGAUCUUGCUGAUGACGAAUUCGAAACGCAUAUGGAGAGGGAGGGAAAAAUAUUGUUCCCGUUCGUCAGCAUCGUGCGUUUCGCGAACACGGAAUGCUCGAGUGGAAGUGCUAUGAGUGGCACGUGUCUCGCGCGCCGUGAAUGCAAUAACCUCAACGGCACCCCCACAGGAACCUGCGCCUCCAGGAGAGGACGCUGCUGUGUUGUGCAAAGAUCGUGUGGCAGCACAACAAACGUGAACAACACUUAUUUUACGAGUCCUGGGUACCCAGGGGCGUACUCGGGUGGGCAGGCCUGCAGCAUCAUCGUAAAUCGAUGCAACAACCAAAUCUGCCAGUUGCGAAUAGACUUCCUGGACUUGGUGCUGGCUCAACCCGACGGCGACGGUGUGUGCACCACGGACUCUGUGACUGUCACUGGCGGUAACACCGUGGUGCCAAUUCUCUGCGGCGAUAACACUGGUCAGACUAUCUUUGUCGACUUCAACGGGAACACUGCCAUAACGAUCACUGUCAGUGCCACCUUGGCGGCCACCUUCUCCAGAAGGUGGAAUAUUAAAUUUACACAACUGGGUUGCGACUGUCCAGGCAUAGCACCAAACGGUUGUCUACAAUACUACACGGGCGUGUCAGGCACAAUUAGCAGCUUUAAUUACGGAACAGGCGCAAACACAGCACUUAGUGCUUCGCUGGUUACGGGCACCCGACAGAUAGCGAAUCUCAAUUACGGCAUAUGCAUACGAAUGGAAGCUGGUUACUGCGCUAUACAGUACUCUCAGACGUCAAACAUGUACUCAUUCACGGUGACGGGCGACGUGGAAGGCGCCGACAACACGGUACUGGGGACGCCCGCAGGCGCAGUCACAGGCACCGCCUGUACCACUGACUUUGUGAUCAUCCCCGACCCUGUAGACACAACCACCGGGUUAUCAGUCGGCAAUGAUCGUUUCUGUGGACUUGGCUUUAUGCCGGUGCAGACUGGAGCGAAACCGUUUGUUCUGUAUGUAGUUACAGACGGCGGCGAGGGCGCCACUGCCGCCUCCCCGCCGGACAUUGCCAAUAGAGGAUUCUCUCUAGCUUACACACAGACAGCGUGCUAAAGCAUUUCUUGCAUUGUUACAAUAAAAUGCUUAUAAAAAGAUUAUUAUUAUAUCACUUCUACAAAACGGAAUAAAAA